AUGGAGCAAUCAUCCCAUACUAACCGCGAGGCUUCUUCACCACAUCCACAAUCACUAAAAACAGAAUCACCACUAUCAUCAACGAUCCCCAAAACAGAAACCCCAUAUCCCUUUAUUACCUUUACCUCAGUGCCCGUUCCACCAGUCGCAUUCUCCUUCCCACUUCCUCCAAUCAUUACGGCGCGGGCACCGUAUUCAUGGUCAGGUUUAACGCCGUCUUCAACGUAUCCUCGGAAACGAGCUCGUCCACUUGCCGAUGUCGAUGGCAUCGACAAAGACUGUCGUGACUACAACAAGAAGCGGCGGUUACGGUUAAAAUUAAUCACCUCCCGUUUGAGCGAGCCAUUUGCCAUUCCUCCGACAAACAUUCUCGAUCGGGGAAACUGUUCUCGGGUAGCAUUAUGGGCAAAAACUCGGGCCGUUUCAAGGCAUGUUCUGCGAAAGGCAGCGAUUCUGAAUAAAAUAAAACGAGAUGCGAUGGCUGCGAGAGCGGCACAGGAACGACAGGUUGAAAUCGCCAGACAGCAGUACAGAGAAAAACUGGCUGCCAACGCAAAAUCGAACACAAAAAGAAAUCGCGUAGCCCAGUCCAAUUCCCCAAUAGUCCAAGGGUCACAUGUAAUGAAAACGCCACGGAAACCAAAAGAUCCAUAUGGUAUACCAAAGCAUCAUCGCCCUCCAACACCACCAAGCGAAACCGAGCUGGAAUACCGGCGUCGUGGCAUGGGGCUGGGUAUAUAA